CCUCCUUCUUCUCCUGCAUGUUGCUUGACGCAUGAUACAGCAUUCUACACCCUCCAACGACCCGCUAGGACGUAUGAAUCCACGAGUCGAGUCCUGGCGUCCAUCGUUGCUAUCUUACGCGCCCCUCUCACCACCUUGCGUGCUGAGCCUUCGCCCACAGCACUGAGGACGUGUCUCCAUCGACCUAUCGUCUUGGAGCGCUUUGAGAUGAGAGACUAUUUCAGUGGAGACACGCCGACAACGUACAAUGACCAAAUACAUCAUGACCUUCAAUUCAACCCAACCCAUGGCGGGCGAACGCAUUGCCUGGUACAUGUCGCGCGUCGACGCGUAAAGCGUGUGCAGUCCACGUGACCACUGAGUCUUCCGUCUGCUUGAGGUGAAGGAUUUUGGAAUCCAGCCACAUCUGUUCUGUUCCAUCUAAUCCUGCUCGCUAGAGUAACCCGAGCUCACAAUGUUAAUGGCCGGGCUACUGCCUGCCCCUAAAGUGUGCCGACGAUGUCUCUGGACGCCGACCCGAACGUGGCAGUGUACUAUGGCUCAUCACCGAACACGAAAGCUGGUGACCUCACCAAGCUUUGCGGAAGCCAAAAUGUCGACAUCGUCAUUCUGGCUUUUGUUAACAACUUUUCCGCAGGCGGAGUAUAUCCAAGCGCCUGGUUCGGGCCAGCAGGCACUCCAGCCAACGCCAAGCUGGCUUCCCUCGUCCCCAAUCUACCUGACUGUACCGCACUCGCUCCAGCCAUUAGGCGGUGUCAAGCCAACGGGAAAGUUGUGCUUGUCAGUCUCGGCGGCUAUGGGGCUGUUAGCACUUUCACCUCUAACGCUCAGGCGUCAAACUUCGCAUCAGUAAUACGGAACUUAUUCGGUGGCGGCCAAGACUACCUGCACAUCCGCCCCUUCGGCCCUAAUAUCAUCCUUGACGGUUUCGACAUUGACAAUGAAAGCAAAGACCCGACGUCUCACAUUACCUUCACGACAAGGCUACGUCAGUUAAUGACCGCUGACAGCAGGAAGCGGUACUACCUCUCGGCUGCACCACAGUGUCCCAUACCCGACGCCUCGAUUCCGCUUGGCCUUAUGAGACAGGCGGAUUUCGUAUGGGUGCAAUUCUAUAACAACCCCCCGUGCAAUCUCAACAGCACGGGGUUUCUUCCGGCCUACAAAGCUUGGUCGGGUGCCUUAUCCUCGAACAACACCGCAUCGGCCACGCCACGUCUGUACAUCGGCGUACUCGCGUUUCACGGCGGAGGCAUCGGCUAUGUUGCGGGCUCGGAGUUGCAUAGCUCGAUUGAGGUGGCGAGGCAACUGAAGCUCGACAAUGCUGGAGGUCUGAUGCUCUGGGACGGAUCGGAAGCCUUGCCCAAUGUGGACCGUAACGGGAGGAAUUACUUGCAGUACGCAAAAGCCGCGAUAUCGAAGCAAGGUUGA